GAACCCCCCUCGUUGACAUCAGUAUUUUCUCUAUAUAUACUCUCACUUUCUUUACACUUUUAAUAUUGUUCUAUUCAUAAUCAUGCAAAGCCGUUAUCAGCCUUUAUCUGACGGCGGAGUAAGGUUAGAACUAACCCCCACCACCAAUUCACCGUUAGCCAUCGACGUAACAGAGUCGACGGAGAUGAGAAUCCGGCGAUUGAUCUCCGAGAAUCCCGUCGUGAUCUUCACCCGUUCCGCUUGCUGCAUGUGCCACGUCAUGAAACGGCUGUUAUUAUCCGCCGUUAGCGUUCACCCCAUCGUUAUCGAAUUGGAGGAGGACGAGAUCGCCGCCCUGCCUUGCAGUGCCGCCGCCGCCGAGUACGGUGGUGGUUAUGGGCCGCCGGAGAUGUUCAUAGGAGGGACACAUGUCGGUGGAUUAGAGAGCCUUGUGGCACUUCACCUUAGUGGUCGACUUGUUCCUAAGCUUGUGGAAGUUGGUGCUAUCACAGAUCAUAUGGUAUUGUAAUUAAAGAAUUUUCAUUAUGUUUCUAAAUUUGUAAUUACGUAUUUUAAAAAAUAAAUAAAAGUUUAAUUAGGUUAAAAAUAAUAGUUUUUGUAUUACU